UCCUCAGUCUGCCAAGUGACCUGCUGGGCAUCUGUGAGCACAGACUCUGGAGAUGAAGGCCCUGCUCCUGACCUUUGGCCUCAGCCUCCUGGCUACCCUGCGGGCCCAGGCCUUCCCCACCGUGCAAGAGAAUCAGGAUGUAUCAGGAACGUGGUAUUUGAAAGCUACAGCAUGGGACAAGGAGAUCCCUGACAAGAAGCUUGGGUCUGUGUCUGUGACUCCCAUGAACAUCAAGAUCCUGGAAGGGGGCAACCUGCAAGUCAAGUUGACUGUCCUGAUUGCAGGACGGUGCCAGGAGAUGAACACCCUCCUAGAGAAGUCAGAUGAACCUGGCAAAUACACAGCCUAUGGGGGUAAACACGUGCUCUACAUCAUCCCAUCUGCAGUGGAGGACCACUACAUCUUCUACUAUGAGGGCAAAGUGCACAGGCAUCAUUUCCGAAUGGCAAAACUCCUGGGCAGAGACCCUGACAUCAACCAGGAGGCCCUGGAAGAUUUUCAGAAUGCUGUAAGAGCUGGAGGCCUCAACCCAGAGAACAUCUUCAUCCCCAAGCAGACUGAAACCUGCCCUCUAGGAAGCAAUUAGGCAAGAGAUAAGGCACCAGGCCUGCCUGACAGCAUUGUUCUACUCUGCGCAAACCCACUGAGCACAGGACACAGAAGGAGCUCCUGCACUCUCCCUUCUGGUUUCACCCACCCCUUCCCUCUUCCCCCCUCUCUCCUGCUUCUCCAUAAAGAACUUAAUCAUC